CAUCUCUACUUUGCAAGUUAAGUUAUAUAUGAAAAUGGGAGGCAUGAAGACUACCAUCUCAUUCAUCCUCCAUCUCCUCCCAUGUCUCGUCUUUGUCGGAGCUCGUCCAGCAACUUUUAACGAUGAUUUUCGUGUUACUUGGGAGGAAUCUCAUAUCAAGCAAAUCCAAGGUGGCUCGGCCAUUCAAUUAAUCCUCGACCGAUCAUCUGGAUGUGGUUUUGCGUCUAAACAUCAGUAUUUGUUUGGUCGAGUGAGCAUGAAGAUAAAACUAGUCCCUGGAGAUUCUGCUGGAACUGUCACUGCUUUCUAUAUGAACUCUGACACGGAUAAUAUUCGCGAUGAAUUGGACUUCGAGUUCUUGGGCAAUCGGACCGGGCAGCCAUACACAGUACAAACCAAUGUGUACGCACACGGAAAAGGCGAUCGCGAGCAACGGAUCAAUCUCUGGUUCGAUCCGGCUAUCGAUUUUCACACUUACACUAUUCUCUGGAAUCCUUAUCAUAUCGUGUUUUCUAUCGACGAUAUACCGAUUAGAGAAUACAAAAACAAUGAAGCUAAAGGUAUCCCUUACCCUAAAACACAACCGAUGGGAAUCUAUUCGACAUUGUGGGAAGCCGAUGAUUGGGCCACAAGAGGUGGGUUGGAGAAGAUAGACUGGAGCAAAGCACCAUUUUAUGCUUAUUACAAGGAUUUCGACGUCGAGGGAUGUUGGAUGCCUGGUCCGAAAAGUUGUAUUACGAACCCAAACAAUUGGUGGGAGGGUCAGGCUUAUCGCCAACUUGAUGCCGUCCAACAGAAGAAGUAUCAAUGGGUGCGAACCAACCAUAUGAUCUAUGACUAUUGUACCGAUAAGUCUCGCUAUCCGAUCACCCCGCCGGAAUGCAUAGCUUGAUUUCGAAGCUUAAGUUCUUGUCCUAAUUAUCAUAAUUAUCAAUCGAUGAGUCUCAAUCUAAGAACGUGCUUCAUUUACUUAUGUAAUAUUUAUGGAUGUACUCCAAUUAGUUUCUUUAAUUUAUCAAAAUCAUCUCUCUAUCUA